GACGUGUUUCUGAUGAUUCGGCGCCACAAAACCACCAUCUUCACUGACGCCAAGGAGUUGAGUACCGUGUAUGAGCUGAAGCGCAUCAUCGAGGGCAUCCUUAAGCGGCCCCCAGAUGAGCAGCGUCUGCACAAGGACGACCAGCUCCUGGAGAAUGCCAAGACCCUGGGCGAGUGCAGCUUCACCAGUCAGACAGCAGGACCUCAGGCUCUGGCCACAGUGGGGCUGGCCUUCCGGUCAGAUGACACAUUUGAGGCCCUCCGCAUUGAACCAUUCUCCAGCCCGCCGGAGCUGCCGAUCCUGAUGAAGCCACAGGAUUCAGGAAGCAGCGCCAAUGAAAAGGCUGUGACCUCUUGGCUCGAUUACCCUGGCUGGCAGCGCAGCCCAGCCCAGAUGCCCAUCUCUAGCACCUGUUCCUCUAAGCACGCCAGGAGCCCAGGCCACCUGGCAAG